AGGGCUAGUGUCGUUGCGGCUUAACCUAGGGAAGUUACGACUAGUCGUCAAUUCGAUCUUGGCAUCCCAAUCCCGUCAAAUCCGUUAGGUGCAAUGCCAGAAUGGCUUAUGCUGCAACCGUCGGGAAACCACCUUUUCCCCACAUCCCACCCAACUCUCUAUUUGUCACUCCAGUCACUUCCAAAUCAAAUCAUCAACCCGAACGCCUUCAACCCGAACAUUAUUCCUCGAAUCCCCUUGUGCGUCGACCGAGGAAACGCUUAAAACCUCGCGCAUUCCCGCUAGCAUUGUCGAAUAUACCCGAUUCUCCUAAUGAUAUCUGUAGUGCGUGCCGAGCGCUUAUUGUCAAUCGAAAAGAGAGAGAAAAGCCACAAGUUCCAAAGAAGAAUCGUCUGCUCUCAUGCUGAACGGUGGUGAGAUGCGACACCAGCCCUGCGUGUACGGCGCUAGAUAGGGCUGUCCUCAUACAAGGGUUAAUAUACUUUUCGGAUUGAUUCCUGCUUCUUGCCGGCCUGGUUCCGUUUCCGUUUGUUUCUCUUUCCUGCAAAAUUCCACAACCGCUGGCCGAUCGUGUGAAAGUCAACAGUAAUCCCAACAUGGCGACGUCGACCGUCGCUACAGCCGCCAGAGCGGUAUACCUUCUGUUCUAUAUCACUUGUAUUGUUUCCGUCGUAUCCGCCCAGGUAGCUACCACAAGUCCGAUGCAAACCCUUCCUAGCUCUUACGAAGAAUACGCCAUGGCUCUCCAGUUAAAUUCCGCGUCUGGUCCUGUCCUGAUCCCUUACAAGAUUGCCCCUUUAACAGAUAAGGCAGGCUUGAAUCAGAAUAGAAAUGUUUUACAGACUUUCGAUGUGGAAGGCCACAUGGCCAUCGUGGAUGAGAGCAAUUAUAAUGAACUUGAUGACAAUAUCAAAGAUGCUGUUACCUACAUAUCAUGCGAUACGACUACCAACAACUCCUAUAUCACUCCCAAUGAUGUCUUGAAUGUGGUCAUGAACAAGCAACCAAAGGCUAUAUUGCUAUUUAGCACUUCCGAAGGGAGCUGUUGCUCUCUUAAUGGAACCGAUCUGCCAUUCACAUCUAUCUGGACCAUAACCGAUCAGUCAGAUGCAUGGGAAAUCAAAAAUCAGACUGCGGAAUAUACGGUAGUUCAUGCAAGAAUAUCAGGGCCUGAUCCCGAUGAAGAAUCCGACAUUGGUCAAUCACAGGGCGGGAGCAAUUCGGCAGUUGCAAUGAGCAUUUUAUACAGCAUUACUGGUCUGAUUACUCUGCUAUUCCUUAUUAUUAUCGCUACCGGAGCGGUCCGAGCGCAUCGCCACCCCGAAAGGUACGGCCCGAGAGCUAGUUACGGCGGAAGACAAAGGCAGGGCCGGGCAAGAGGUUUAGCGCGAGCCGUUCUGGAAACACUCCCUAUUGUGAAGUUUGGAGAUCCUCAACCUGUAAAACCGGAUCCGGAAAAUGAACUUGAGAGCAUUUCGGGAGACCGGCAGCAGCAUUCAUCGCCGCCGGCACAGCACGAGUUGGCACAAGGCAACGUAGAAGGAGGAUCGUCUCUAGAUACGGCAGCAAAGGCUACUUCAAAUUCCAUCGAAGCCCCAGAGGCCGGCCCAUCGCAGGAUAACGGAGCCAUCAAUAAACAAAGUGAAGAUAACCGCCUCGGCUGUUCUAUUUGCACUGAAGACUUUACGGUUGGAGAAGAUGUGAGAGUACUCCCUUGCGGCCAUAAAUUCCACCCUCAAUGCAUUGAUCCAUGGUUGGUCAACGUGUCUGGCACCUGUCCUUUGUGUCGGCUCGACCUUCGCCCACAUGAAGAAGGGGAAGGAGAUAGCGAUGGUAUCUGGCCAUCGAUUCACACUGAUCCAGUCAACAACAAUCCUGUUGACAGCCACUUAGCUCCUCCACCCGAGGACGAUGCAGAAGCGUCGCAAAGACGACGAAGGUCCCGACUCCUAGAUUGGAACAGGUUGCGCCAUGCUACUGUAGACGAGCGUAUUCAAGCUCUUAGACAGUAUCGACAGACACAGGGCGUGUCAGCCGAAGACCGAAAUCGACAUGCGAAAUUAUCAGACCGUCUACGGGAGAAGUUUCAUAUUCGGACAAGGGCUCACCCUCCGAGCGACCUACCAUCCACAAGUGAAUCUGCGGCUUGAGUACGCACUGGUACUUCAUCAGGGAUACCAACUCUUUUCCUGUUCGGCGUGGAAAUUAAUGUACGAUGCAAGCUACAUAACUGUGAUAAAUAAUGCGAUACGCGGUUUCAAUGUGGUUAUGAGGUGAUGUUAUAAGAACUGUAGGGGAUGUUGUACCUCGGAUAGAGCGGCGUUCAAUCUUGUGUGGGAAGUUUAGGUAUCAGGACAACGGGUUGCAUUGGCUGGCGUUGGUGGGUGUUGAGCUGUCUACCUGGUUUGCAAUCAUAAAUCUAGGGUUGUGCGGGCGUUAGGCGCGAAAGAAGCGGUAGUUUUGGAGCGAGGCGGCGAUGGACAUGACGCCUAAGGUACAAAUAUUAUAUCUUUUUUUUUUUUUUUUUUUGGUCCACGCUCUUCUGUGUCCGAACUGUUGCAGGACAGGUCCGCCUCAUUUAGCAUUAUAGAUAUUCACUUUAUCGAAACGUCGACUUCCUCAACUAGGGUACCUCUUACAGGGUGCUGUGUAUAUUCGUAAUCCACGGCCCCGUAUAAUCUAUUACGGCGGCCGCGCCACGGAUAUUAUCCACGUAAAGAGUCAAGUGAAGCAUAGCUUAGCUGC